GAUAACGCCGGAAAGACAACCCUCCUUUACAGGCUCAAGGUCGUUACCACCAUUCCAACGAUAGGCUUCAACGUUGAGUCUGUGAACUACAAAAACCUGAAUUUCAAUGUCUGGGUAUGCGUCGCUACAACUAUCUCCGUCACAACCGCUGUCAUCUUCGUCAUCGACUCGACUGACGUCGAUCGCCUUUCCACCGCUGCGGACGAGCUAUCUGCCAUGUUGAACGAGGAGGAACUGCGUGAUGCUGCACUGCUAGUCUUUGCAAACAAGCAAGAUCAACCGGGUGCCAAGGGUGCUGGAGACAUCAGCGAAGCUCUUCGCUUGGGCGAGCUCAAGGACAGGAAUUGGACCAUCGUGGCAUGCAGUGCUAUCGAUGGCAGAGGUGUUUCAGAAGGCAUGGACUGGAUGGUCCAAACCGUGCAACAAGACUCAUCGUAG